CGAGUUGUCCUGCACCCCCCCACCCCGGGGUCCCAGGGAGGAAGCUCGCGGGCCGCCUCUCUCUCUCAGAGCCUGGAGUCCCAUCACCUCCUGAAACACUGACUUGAUUGCCUGUUUAAUGACAACAACUUGGAUACAAUUAUUUUUAAGUGAAUAAAUAAGUGGAAGGCAUAUGUGGGCAUCGUGUUGGCACAUGAGUAGAAUUUUCUAGGUUCACGAAUGGCAUUUUGAACUGGAUGUUUGGUGCCAGGAACCAAGAGCCAGUUUGCUGAAUUUCUGUGGCUGUCACUCGGGAUUGCUGAGAGUUUCGGGGAAGGUCUGUGGGUGUGUCCAGGUGCCGGCCCGGCUGGCGGCACAACUGGAAGCCAUUUUCAAGAACUUCUGCCACAGGUGUAAAAGACUCCAGCCCUGCGAAGAUGCUGAAACAGAUCCUGUCGGAGAUGUACAUAGAUCCUGAUCUGCUGGCAGAGCUCAGCGAAGAACAGAAACAGAUCCUGUUCUUCAAGAUGCGGGAGGAACAGAUCCGCCGGUGGAAAGAAAGAGAAGCAGCAAUGGAAAACAAGGAGUCCUUGCCAGUGAAAUCCAGACCGAAGAAAGAGAAUGGCAAAUCUGUUCACUGGAAACUGGGAGCUGAUAAGGAAGUCUGGGUCUGGGUGAUGGGUGAACACUAUUUGGAUAAACCCUACGACAUGCUCUGUAAUGAAAUUAUUGCUGAGCGGGCCCGGCGGAAAGCAGAGCAGGAAGCAGAGGAGUUCAGAAAAACUCAGUCCAAAGAAUUCACCAAUAGCUUGAAAACAAAAUCACAGCACUGUGACCUGCCAGCACCAGAUGACGGGGAGACUGAGAGUGUCCAUGGGCAGGCGGCAGGCCCCGGGCCAGCACCACCCCGCCAAGAAGAGGAGAUCUCGUCACCCUCCAGUUCCUCAAGAAAUAUUCAACAGAUGUUGGCAGAUUCUAUCAAUCGUAUGAAGGCAUAUGGAUUUCACCAGAAGAAAGAAUCUACAAAGAAAACAGAGGAUGAAGAAAUAAAACAAAUAGAUGAAGAGAGAACCAAGGAGAUUUAUAAGAACUGGAAAGAAGACUCAGAGUGGCAGGCAUCUUUGCGAAAAUCCAAAGCAGCAGAUGAGAAGAGACGCUCCUUGGCUAAACAAGCUCGGGAAGACUACAAGAGGUUAUCCCUAGGGGCCCAAAGAGGAAGAGGCAGCGAGGGACUGCAGAGGCCCCCAGGUGCUCCACAGAAACCCAGGAGACCCCCUCUUCCACCCAAGCCUCAGUUCCUAAGCCCAGCGGGAUACCCUCAGAAUCCUCUUAGAAACCAGGGAGUGACGAGGACAGCAUCCAGCUCUGCCCAGGAGGACAUCAUCCGAUGGUUUAGAGAAGAGCAGCUCCCACUGCGAGCAGGCUACCAGAAGACGGCAGACACCAUAGCUCCCUGGUUCCAUGGUAUUCUCACACUGAAGAGAGCAAAUGAACUUCUGAGCCCGUGCGUGCCAGGCAGCUUCCUGAUCCGAGUCAGCGAGAGGAUCAGAGGCUACGCCCUGUCCUAUCGGGGUCAGGACGGCUGUAAGCACUUCCUCAUCGACGCCUCCACGGACUCCUACAGCUUCCUGGGCGUGGACCAGCUGCAGCAUGGUACCCUGGCCGAGCUGGUGGAGUACCACAAGGAGGAACCCAUAACUUCCCUGGGGAAAGAGCUCCUUCUGUACCCCUGUGGGCAGCAGGACCAGCCGCCCGACUACCUGGAGCUCUUUAAGUGACAGCGCCCAUCAUGUCACCCUGCACCCCACUGCGGGCUUUCCUCUGGAGAAACACUGCUGAGUGGACAUUUGUGUGUGAAGCCAAAAUCACCCUGCAGCGGAGCUGAUGCUGAUCAAGUGAGGCAUCCUGGGAGGCGUGUGGCAGUCUCUCUUCUGCACCAACGCCAGAGCUUAAAGUUAAGAGAAACGACCUCUGCGUCCUGUGCUCUCCACAAGGAAAGGGAGAAGGGUCCCAAUUGCAGCAACUAACAGCAUGAAGGCUGCAACCUUAAUAGUGUAGAUAAGAUAAAUGAACGAGGAAGAAAUGGAGACCUUUUCUCCAUUUCUUCCCAAACGCUAAGGUGUGCUUCAAAAACCAGUGGCUCACAUGAACUAUUUCCUGACCUCUACACUCCCUCUCUGCAUCACCUCAAAAGGUCUCAGGGUCCUGUUUAUGUGACGUCCCAUGUGGGCUGUGGGAAGCUGGCAGAAAGGCCUUUACUAGCGGCUGGGAUGACCCUCCAAACACACUUGAUUUACUGUGCAUGCUGGAGCCAAGAUGUAAGAGACAUAGAAA